AUGGACCCAGAUAUUCUUGCUGUUCUCUUCCCACUGGAAACAAACGCAAAAAGAGCUUUCCGACUCCCCGAAAAUGCGUCAUUCCAUCACAAACCAAGUACCCCGCACAGUGACGGGCAAAACCGGGAUUAUGGGAAGAGUUGGGACAGCUGUGAACACCUCGAGAUCCAUUUUCAGCAUCCUCGACGCAAGUUUGGUUGUCCUGACGAAAUCAGGCAGCCUGACUACAAAAGACCUCGCUGGACAAUUGGGGGCGAUCCAACAUCUACUGUCUACUUGGGAAAAGAUCUCUUAAUCGAGCCUGAAGCCCUAGAAUUGAGCAUUUAUCGCGAAUAUAAGCCUUACAUUGUUUUAUCCCGCCGUUCGAGUAACACAGAAACCUUUCCUAUGGUCUCUGUUAGCUUUGAUGGUCAAAAUAAGUCGGAAGCUUUCUGUGGCAGCUCUAUCCUUGCAUUCCAGCCAGGUUCCAUGGCGCCAUGGAAGAAUGUGACGAUAAGUAUAGGGCCACUUUCUUUUCGAAUUAUAUUUCCCAACCAUCAUCAGAGUCCUUCUGAUCCUCCAUACCUUCAGAAUCUAGUCCAGAGUGCAUCCUGGUUCCCUCCGGUUGGAUCUGACGUGGGGAGUAGGUACCCAUUACUCGAGCCACAACGUUAUCAUCGAGAUGAAAUUCUUGGUCAAGGAGGGUUUGGGGCAGUCUACAAAUAUAUCCAAUACGCCAGUGGGCGGAAGUAUGCUGGAAAAGCUAUCAAACCAUCGAAAAAUGACCCUAACGGGCAGAACACCAUGGAAAAGGUGAAAAAGGAAUUCACUUACAUGUCAAGAGACUCUCGCUUCAUUGUCGAAGUGCUAGGUAUAGUAAGGGAUGGCUUUGGGUCUCCCGUGAUACUUAUGCCGAUAUAUCCUCUUGGGAGCUUAGCUGGCUGUUCCCUCACGGAGAAAGAGUCUGUUACCGCUUUCAGACAAAUCCUUGUGGGACUUAUGCAGCUCAAGAAUUAUGACAUAUUACAUCGGGAUAUAAAACCAGGCAAUAUUUUAAUUAGGAAGCGGACGCCAAAAACCUUCCAGAUUGUACUUGCAGACUUUGGCAUCGCGGGUAAAUAUACAGAACAGUCCGAGUACUUCUAUGGAACAGCAUAUUAUAAGGCACCCGAAAUCUUCGACGAAACGGCGAAAGUAGUCGAUGACAGGUCUGAUGUGUGGUCUACGGGCAUUGUUAUGCUUGAGAAGAUGUAUGGUCUUGAUAAAGAAGAAUUCCCUAAGCCCAAAAGCGACUCUGAAAGGGAAGAAUGGAUGUUUGAUGAAGAUAAUGCUUCAGAGAAUCUUUGUGGAUUGUGGUGA